UUCACGCGCACUCGCCGCCGUCGACAUCAACCAGCAUCCUCAUUCUCUUCAUCUCACCUCCCCCUCCUCACUCUUAGACCACUUUCCCCUUACAAACACUAAUCAUGGACAAGAUCAAGGAGCGCUUUGCCCUUCUCGGCCAGAAGAUUGAGGCUGCUGAGGCGCGCGCCGAGGCUGCGGAGGCCGAGAACAAGAAGCUCAACCAGACGGUGCUUGAGCGUGACCAGGAGAUUGCGUCGCUCCAGCACAAGCUGCAGCUUGCUGAGGCUGACCUCGAGAAGGCAGAGGACAAGGUCAAGGAGCUCAAGGGCCAGGCUGAGGAGGGUGACGCGCACAAGGCGACAGGCGAGAACCUUACGCGCAAGGUUCAGCUGCUUGAGGAGGAGCUCGACAAGGCCGAGAAGGACCUGAAGGACGCGACAGAGAAGCUCCGCCAGGUUGACGUCAAGGCCGAGCACUUUGAGCGUCAGCUCCAGCGUGCUGAGCAGGAGCGGGACGAGUGGGAGAAGAAGGCUGCGGAUGCGGACGAGCAGUACAAGCAGUCGAAGCGCGAGCUCGACGAGGUCGUGUCCCAGAUGGAGAGCUUGUAAUUAUGCACCUGUUACCUGUCCACUGGUUGCAGUGCUCACGACGUAGGCCGCGCCGCGAGAUCUUGCUGGCGGCGGCGUGCUAGACAGCAUGAAUCGUAUGAUGAUC